AUGGGACAUGACACUGCAAAUACAAUUGUAUCUGUAAACCAGUCAGAUGGCGCCACAACUGUGGGGACAACUAAACAUUCAAAAGUCACACCAGAAGAGAUCCUGAGUGGUGGAAACAGCAUCGUAUUUCUGGAGACCAGUGAAAGGAUACAACUCCCUUCCUUGGUCUUAUGUGCAAUCGAGUCAGCAGCUCAAGUCUACCCACACAGAUCAGUGGUUCUUUUCAUGAAGGGAUUAAACCAUACAAAUGCAGAAGAUCAGGAGAAUGUUCUCAGUCAUUACCCAACCCUUUUAUCUCUGGACAAUAUUUACAUCUUUCCUCUGAUAAUGGAAGAUAUUUUCAACAAUACGCCUCUUUUCAACUGGUAUGAGAAGAUUAAUAGUACUUUGGAAAAAUAUUGGAUCCAUGUAAGCUCAGAUGGAUGCAGACUAGCACUGAUCUGGAAAUAUGGAGGCAUUUAUAUGGACACAGACAUCAUUUCAAUAUGGCCUAUACCCCAUAUGGACUUUCUAGCAGGUGAAUCACAUCAGUAUUCCAGCAAUGGUGUUUUUGGAUUUCCUCCCCAGCAUAACUUUACCUGGACGUGCAUGGAAAAUUUUGUUAAGAAUUAUAAUGGCAAUUCAUGGGGAAAUCAAGGGCCUCAUCUCUUUACUCGUGUUUUGAAAACGGUAUGUGAUUUACCACGUUUCAACAAUACAGAGGAUAUCAUGUGUGGCAACAUUUCCUUUUUAAAUCCUCAAAGAUUUUAUCCCAUUAAUUACCCGUCUUGGGGAAAGUUCUAUGAGGUCUGGACCAAGUUGCCAACUUUCAAUGAAUCCUAUGCUUUGCACCUUUGGAAUUUUAUGAAUCAUAACCGUAAAGCUAUGCUACCAGGGAGCAACACUUUGGUGGAACAUCUCUAUCAACAGCAUUGCCCUUCUACAUAUGCAACACUUCAGAGGAAUGAAAGUAUUUAUACCUAG